UUAAAAAAGAGCACAAUUGUAUCAAUCCAUCAAUUCGUCAAACCAAACAACCUGCUCCCGCUAAAUUUGUAGCUGAUUUGUUGCAAUUUACCACUGAGCAACGAAAUAUGGAUCAUGAAUCAUUUUUGAAAGAUGAAUAUGGAUGGGAUGAUGUAUUUGAUGAUGAAAAUUUUUAUAAUGAUGACGAAUUCAAUAAAUUUUUAAACAGAACUAAGAAAAAUUUGGAAAGUCUAUCUCUUAAUAGAAAUGAAUCAGCUUCUUCUGAGGACAAUAGUGCUAAUGAGAAAUUCAAAUUCUCAAAAGUUUUAGAAGGAAUUAAAAAUAAGCUCCCUGAAAAUUCUGAAGAGAGGAAUGGGUCAGCUCUUUCUGCCGAUAGUAAUGCAGAUACUGAAUUUAUGAAAUUUUUAGGGGGAGUAAAAAGUGAGCUCUCUAAACUUCCUGAGGAAAGCAGAGCAAAAUCUGCUUCGUCUCUCUUGAAGAAAAAUUCAGCCGCAUGUGAAAUUCAACAAUCGCAAAGCACAACAUCAGAAGUUCAAGAUACAUCGAAUAAUCAUUGUAUUGAUGAAAAAAGAGCUUCUAGUCUUCAUAUGCUGCAGAAAAUAGAAAAUAAAUUGAGAAAUAACUUUGUCGAAAAGCGUGUUGUUGGUGCUAAGAAACUGUAUAAAGUCUUCAAUGAAAACAUUUUUGAUUCAAAACUCCCUGAAGAUAUGGAAUUAGAGUGGUCAGUUGAUUUGCGAACUACUGCUGGAAAAACUCAAGGAAUUAAAAAAGGAGGUUGCUUUAUUAGAUGCAAAAUUAUUUUAGCCUCUAAAGUUCUGACAUCAUUUGAGAGAUUGAGAGACACUCUACUGCAUGAAAUGUGCCAUGCUGCAGUGUUUUUAAUUAGUCAAGUUCCUGGAGAGAACCAUGGUCCUUUAUGGAAAGCAUGGGCUGUAAGAUGCAGUUUGGUGUUUCCUUAUAUUGAAAUGCCCCAACGUUGUCACAGUUAUGAUCUCUCAUAUCCUUACUAUUACCAGUGUAAAAAUUGCGAAUGGAAAUGUGGUAGGCAUCGAAAAUCAACAAAAUUAUCUGAAGCUUGCUGUCCUAAGUGCAGAAGUUCACUGUCUUUAGUUAAAUCGUAGUAUUUAUUCAUUUGUGUAAGCUUAUUUAUUUCAUGUAUUGUCAUACUAUGUAUUCGUUCUUAAGUAACUUAUUUUUAUAAUAAAUUAUUUUAUUUAUU